CCCGCUGGAGGGACGGGGCGGGCGGCGGCGAUGGAGGAGCCGCUCUGCUGCUGCGAGUACGUGGACCGGCGCGGCCGGCGCAACCAUCUGGUGGCGUGCUGCUGCGACUGCGAGGAGCUGGACGACGGCUGCGACAGGUGGCUGACGUGCAAAUCCCUGCCCCCGGGAGCGCUGGAGAGGAUCGCCGACGCCAUCGCGGACCGGCUGCGGGUCCCCUGGUUCUCGGGGGCUGUGAAGAUCAACAUCAGCCUCGUGCCGCCGCUCGUCCUGCUACCCGUCUUCCUCCACGUUGCCUCCUUGCACUUCCUGCUGGGGCUCAUCAUCCUGACGUCCCUGCCCGUCGUGGUGCUGUGGUAUUACUACCUCACCCACCGGAGGAAGGAACGGACUCUCUUCUUCUUGAGCCUAGGGCUCUUCUCCUUGGGAUAUAUGUACUAUGUGUUUCUCCGGGAGGUGGUUCCCCGGGGCCACGUGGAGUAUUCCCAAGUGGUCACUCUCACGUGCGGGUUAAUUCUUAUGCUUGCAGCCCUGUCUCGAGCCAAGAAGGACCCUGGCUACCUUCCCAUCUCAGCUGGCAACGAGAAGCCAUCGCACCAAGGUUUGCCCAACAAGAGUGUUAGAGGGAGCUCCAGCGGGCUCCAUAGCAUCUCGGGUGCUGGCAGCAGUCUCACUGUGAAUGGGGAGGCUAAAGGUUAUUGCAGGAUGUCAGCUGAGCAGCCAGAAGGUGUGAAAAAGGACUGGUGCAUUAAAUGCCAGCUGGUCAGACCAGCCCGAGCAGGGCACUGCCGGCUUUGUGGCAGGUGUGUGAGGAGACUGGACCAUCACUGUGUCUGGAUUAACAGCUGCGUAGGGGAGCAGAACCAUCAAGCUUUCAUCCUUGCACUCUCCUUCUUCAUGCUCACCUCUAUGUAUGGGAUUACCUUGACCCUGCACACCAUCUGUAGGGACCAAACUCCAUUUGUGGCUUUGCUCUACUGCCCUGGGGCCUAUUCUGACUACAGCUCUGCUCUGUCGUUCACCUGUGUAUGGUACUGUGCCAUUGUAACAGCUGGCAUGGGAUACAUCCUCCUCAUCCAGCUGUUGAACAUCAGCUACAACGUGACUGAGAGGGAAGCUCGGCUGGCUCUGCGGGACAACACUGGGCGCAGACUGCUGGGAGGGUUAGUGAUAGACACUGGCCAGUAUAACAGGGGACUCCUGGGCAACUGGGGCCACUUCCUGAGCCUGGGGUCUUCUCCUCCACAGCACUCUGCUGAGGACAUCGUGUGACAGCCCUCUUUCUGCAGAUGGUAGUGUGUCCUGGCUCACUGACUUUGUUUAGCAGGGGAGCAGCCGCUCCCACCAGGACUCCUUCCUUGCACAACUUUUCCUCAUGGUCAGUGUGCGGGCUGUCCCCUCACUGACAACACCAGAUGUUUUCCAGGUGGAAUUUUUCUUCACGUGCUGUGAGCCAGCAAAAGGAUGCAGAAAGCAGUAAGCCAUAUGUGCCGAUGGGGAGAGGAGGAGCCUGCUGCCUUUUUCCAGCAUGGGAAACAGCACAAAGAGCACAAGGUUUUGGGAACUUGAGUUUCCCUUAGAUGUGAAUACUGGCAUCAGGAGGAACCUGCUGCUGGGCUUCAGAGACUACUGGUUCCUGCAAGGGUUAAGGAAUGCCUGGGUUGUACCUGCAUGUGGCAUUUUGGAGAAAUCAGAAGAGUGAACUUUGGAUAUGGAUAACAGAUGGACCCCUGCAGAAACCAGGUUCUUUGACUAAAAUAGACUUGUCUAGGCAGUCACUGGGCAGCACUCUCCUCUCUGGUGCAUUUAUUUAUUUAUUUUUACUAUCUCUGAUUCCAUCCAGCUGUGUACAUGCUUCGAUUAAGUGCCUUUGUAGCUACAUUCCUGUAGGACUUUGUAAGAUCCCUUCACCUCUUGACCCCUAAAGUUGUUAUUCUGUCCCUGUCUGUCUAAAUGAGUGAAAAGAGAUCCCACUAUUCUUUUUGCAAGCUGGGUCUGUAUUGGUUUGAAGGCUUUGCUCUUCUCCCUCAAAGUGUUUCUGGACUAGUUACGGGUUUUGACAUGUGACAGCAGGUAAAUGUGCCAAGUAAGGAGUUUUGAAACAACAUGUAACGGUGAAUUCCAAGGGUAAGCCAAGAGUGCUGUCUGUCUGGUAUUACUGUAGCUUUAUGGAAAUUACCUUCAUCCUCUGUCUAUGGGAGAAGGAAGUCUGUGGGAGAGUAGGCAAUUCUGCUAGCAGCAUAUUUGGUAGGUAGCAUCUUGGUUGUGUUGCUUUUAACAUAGUGAUCUUGUCUCCUCUCAAGCCGGUUACUAUGGGGCUUGCCUGACUGUAGAUCUGUUUUCUCAAGCCAAAAUGCCAAGCAACAGAUCAACCCUAAGGUACAUAGGGAGAGGUAGAGGAUGUGUUGGAAGGGUUUGUUUUUAGGAUAGGUGACCUGUACUGGCAGGUGAAUGAACCUGUUGAAAUGUGCUCUGCAAGAGUGCCAUGUUUUCCUCAUCAGGCUGCAACUGUAUGAUGGUCUUGACUUGAGCUUCAGCCAAAAUAACAAGGUUUUGGUGGCAGUGGUUUCUGGAUUUUGUGGGUGGGAUUUUUUUCUUGCUUUUUGUUUUAAACCCUUUAUGUAUGCUGUUGACCCUGCAGUAUUAAGAAACAUCUGGCUGAAACAGCAGGGGACCAUGGCACAAGAAUUACAGGUUGAGCCUAAGAUGCAAAAGAGGAAUAAGAGCUUUGUCCUAGCUAUGGUGCUUUCAGGCACAUGCAGUACACAUGGGUCAUGCCUGCCCUGGAGUGUAUGGGCAUGGCAGGCAACUGCGGGAUGUUGGGCAAAUGAUGCACAUUCAAUGUGCUGCUGUGCAGUAACUUUGACAAAUGGAUAGAUGGUACAUGGUGCCAAAAGAAAGCAGGAGCUGUCCCUUGGGAUCGCUACCAUAUUUUUUGUGAGUGCUCCUCAUGACAUGUCCCAGUUUAAGAUAAAGACUGUGUCCCUCUUUGCACUGUUUGGUUUCCUCAAGUGGUACUUUUUAUAACCAGCAGAUGAUUGAGGAGCAGCUACAUUUGGAAUGUGGCUGUACAGUUACUGAAUAUCCCUUAUUUCCUCUUGACCCUUUUCAUUCAGUUAGCAGUUCUUUAUAAGGAGGUGAAGGGGUAGCACUUUUGCUUCCUACCUCUAACCAAGCGCAGUAGGAAGUUAUGACCACUUUCUUGACCCUGAUUUGAAUAAAAAGAUACUCUGUUGCACUGCGCAAAAUGUUCCUUUAUGACCUUCUGUUUGGACCUUGAAGCGUGAUCCUAGUAGUUCAAAUUGAGACGAAGUUGCUUCCACUUGAGUUGUAUGUAAAUGUUUCCAAUAUAUAUUUUGUGAUGUCUGCUGAGAUUGUCGAGCUUGGCAACCCUGGGGAUAAGACUGCUGUGGGCUAGUGGGAUCUUCUUAGAUCUUAUCCUGCUGGCACUGAGGAAGAUUGAGGCAGAAGGAUCUCCUGGGCUAAAUGAACCAUUGCAGUGGAGACAGUCAAUUUGUCCAUCCCUGUGUACUGCAUGCCCAGGAAUCAAUAAUGUACCCACAGGCUGAACGAGCUCUGAGAGGUUUUGCAGGUUUGAGGUAAGUGAUUUCUCAGAGUUUUGCUGAUCCUGGCUGGAGAAAGCAGAGCAGAUCGCAGGGCACUUCCCUGGCAGUGGUGACCCUGUGGUGCUCGCUUGCUCCCACAGGCAGUGAUUGGUUGCACCUUUGCAGCCUGUCUGUCACUCUAGCCUUGUCCCUUGUCUCUCAGUGAGCUCAUAGUGACUAGGAGGUCUCAUCUGAACUGCUUACACUGAGACUCUCUCUUGCUGUUCUCCCAGGCACCAUGGAAUUUGGAGUGCAGAUUAGGAACAAAGGACCUGAGACUAAUGUAACCAUUCCAUACCUUGGUCAAACAUUCUCCAGUAGAGUAGGGGUGAAGUGCUAAAGUAAAUUUCGUUUUUUUGCACUGGCUCCAGGGGGAAUUGAGACCAUUCAGGGAACUAAAGGGUUGCAAGGAUGUUUUUUUUUUUUCUAGGAGGAAAAUGCAGUGCUGGUUGCUCAGUGAACAGGAAGUUCAGGUGGCUGUAGUCUGUGUAGUAAUGGUGACUGUUUCUUUGACGGCAUGGCAUUGGUUUAUCUCCCUGAUAGGAUUUGCUUUGUGAGAUGAGCAUAAAAUAAUAGGAUAUUUAAAAGGCAUAUAAAUGGGUGGAAGAGUUUCAAUCCUUUCAGAUGUUUACUUGGGAACUUUCCUUUUAACAUCCCUGAGAAUUAGCAGGAAAUCCUUGGAGGGUAAUACUCCCUUUGCAGUUAUUGCAAGGGCAAACUGUUGUGAUCUGGUGUGAGCUUGGUACCGACCAUGCUGGUAGAAAAAUGUUAAAAUCUAGACAUACGGAACCAGUCCUUGGGCUCCUUUGUGUUAGUAGCUGCCUAGGUCCAUGCUGCCUGGGAGUUGGAGCAUUGAGAGCAGCCUGCAUGUGACAGGGGAGUUGUGGGUUGUGUGUGACCUUCAGGCAAGGACCGGUGUCUCACUUGUAAUGCUGUAUGCCUGGCAGUGCAGAAAACAGUACCCUGCUGGCUCUUAAAAGAUUUCCUUGUGUGUGAAGAGAGGACUUAAAGCUGAUCAAGAACAGGGAAGGAUUUUGGUAAUAGCCAGCCUUGAUGUUUAUCUAGCAGACUUUGGAAGUUAGUUUAUCUUGCUUUACCCAUGACCUUUUAAGAGGCAUUUGUUGUUUCACAAAUAGUGUGGACUUCUGCAGACCAGACAGCUCUUAGGGGGCCAGGGUUCUAGUGUUGUUCUUGUUGCUGGUGUUGUAGUGUUACACCCUCUGUGUCUGAAUGCCAUCACCCCACUGAUUGGUGUCUGUAGUAGGAGCAGCGCACCAUUAAGUAGACCCUGUAAGUGGUGGCUUUGCAUUCUUUAAGUAUGUUUUCCUGCGUUGUGCUUUUUUGUAAGCAAGUCACAGGUCCUCACAUCGACUGUUUCUCCAUUUAACUUGUCCUCAAAUGACAAAAGUCACUGGUGAGCCUGAGCUGGUGCUGCUUGUGACUCCUAAUCACAUCUCAGCCUUCAUGCUUUGAUGGUGCUUUCUUUUUCCCCCUUCAAAGUAGGUUGCUUUCAAGUGUCUUAAUGAAACCAUUUGCUGUAAAAUUUCUUCUGAAGAUAAAAUGGAUACUGCCUCACUGCCUAAUGUCUUAAUGUGCUUGGUUUUUUCCUUCUAUAUGAAUGUAUAUUGCCUCAUUAGGGCAGGAAGCGUGUGUGAUUAUGGAUGUUUUCCUCUAUUUCUUUCAGUGAAAAAUUCUACAGUUACCUAGGAUUUUUUUUUCUCCACUACCAGAAUGUUCAUGCAGCAAAAAUCUGUCUGCAGGCAGGUGAGGUUCUUUCUGAAAUGUGAGAAAUUCAGCCUUCAAAGAUCUUGUCUUUAUAGAAUUCUUCUAAUGAUAAUGUGAAGAGUGAUGGACCCUGGAAGAAAGUGGAAAGUGUUGUUUUUUUUUUUUUUAAAGUUGAGCUUUAGGAGGAAACUUUGUAAAACAUUUGUGAGCUUUUUUUGGAGAGGCUGAUGUGUGUAUGUUUGUGUCUAUUUUGCAUCAUGUUCAGUGUCUCCAAAUGGGUAUCAAAUGGAUCAAAAUAAAUUAAUGGAAAUGA